CUUGCAAUCAAAUGCAUCUGCGCCAUCUCCUCUUUGUCCAUUGAAGAAACACCGCCUCGGUCGGUUGCUCUCCAACUCGCAACAGAACCCCCCAGUUUCAGCUCACCUUCAUUGGCCCAAGCCGGAGGAUAGUGCGAACUUUCGUACGAUCCUCACAACUGUCUCAAGCGUUAUGCUCAAAGCUGGUGCUAACAACAUCGACCCCGAGUCCGACGUCGCGCAGAAGAACGGCAAAAUGGAAGACACCAAGUACCUCCCCGAGCUCCUGGCCGAGAAAGACAGCCUGGAUUCGUCCUUCACGCACGCCAUGAAGCUGAUUUCUGCAGAAAUCGAAAGAAUCCAGAAGGGUGAAGCCAAGAAGGAGCAGGAUAAGGAGACGUACCUGGACCUGUUUGCAACUAAGAGCCACAAACUCAAAGAGCGAGUGCUUAUUCCCACUAAGCAGUACCCAAGAGUCAACUUUGUUGGAAAACUACUGGGACCUCAGGGCACCACGAUAAAGAGACUCCAAGAAGAAACUGGGGCCAAGAUCUCAGUUCUUGGUAAAGGUUCGAUGAGGGAUAAGAACAAGGAAGAAGAGUUGAGGAAGGGUGGCGAGACCAAAUACGCUCAUCUAUCAAUGGAGCUUCACGUUUUCAUUGAAGUCACUGCUCCCAUCCCUGAGGCAUACGCACGAAUGGCUCAUGCCAUGGAUGAGGUCAAGAAGUUCCUUAUCCCGGAACCCGGUGAGAUGGAGAUGUUCAUGGGUCCUCAUUUCCUCAAUGGAGCCCAGGAUGGUGGCAGGGGACGUGGCGGUCAGAUGGGACGGGGCAGGGGUGGCCCCCCUGGAGCUGGAGGACUUAGGGGGCGAGGAAUGCCACGCGGAGGACCCCGUGGAGCAAUGAGGGGUGGGCCCAGGGGAGCCAUGAGAGGCGGGAAUGGACCAAGAGGUGCCAUGGGUGGAAGGGGCGGGAUGACGUCCCCUCCCAAUCGUGGCGGUUCUGGUCGCUCGAGGCCGCCUGCUGCUGGCGCGCCAAGGAUGCUCCCGGCUGCUGCUCUCUCCCACCAGCAAGGUCCUGCAGCAGGUGCAGGAACCAAAACCGAAGGUUAUGAGGAAUAUCCCCCAUACGACGAGUCAUAUGCCGAGGGUGGUUAUGAAGGAUAUGGCAACUACUACGAUCAGCAGGCUGCUCCAGGGGACACUGAAUAUUAUGAUUACGGCCAUGGAGAAGCCCAGGAUGCCUCUUAUGAACAAUACGGUCAAGAAGAAUGGGACAACUCCUGGUCUAACGCUGGGGCCGGAGGCAAGGCUCCCUCGGCCAGACAGGGCAAAGGAGCCUACAGAGAGCACCCAUAUGGCGGCGGCAGAUUCUGAGCGGCUACUGGUAGAGUUGCUGCGGCAACUGUCCUCGAUUGUAACUCACUUAACUUUUUAAAAGUAAUUUCCCUACUUGUUUUCUCCCUUUUAUAUGGUUUUACUUUUAUUUUUUAAAAGACUGGUUAAGAACUGUUUUGUUGGCCGUCAUUGUGCCAGAAAGUGACAAUUUGUUUACUUGUAACAUGUUUUCCAGUUGUGUAGUUGGCAAAUGAGGUCCUACUAACAAAACACUCGGCUAAGACAAUAUUAUACACGAUAGGCUUAUUGUGAUUGUGGCGAUGAACUCUUCACAUCUGUAAUUUUAAAAAGUCCCUCACGACUGGACGCCAAAAUUCACAAUAUCCCGAUGUAACUUCACUUAUGAAGUCGUAAAACCCAAAACACGUUUGUGUUCCAAACAAAACUUAAAUGUCUGUGGGGAAAAAAAUAACUCAUCAAAACCAUUCAAAUUUUGACUCUGCCAACGAUGCAAUUUGUAUAUUUUGUUUGCAACUGCAAAAGUCGUUUUUGACCAACAAAUCCUUGUACAGUAAAAUUAAACAUUCUGUUUAAGGACGGCUACAGCCGACCCAAACCUUUGUACAUAACUGUAGGACAAGUGUGUGUGCUUUAAGCCGUGCCGUCUCCAAAAUGCUUGUGUAACGUUUGGCUAACUAGGAUACUAAAUAUAUCCAAAAUGUCUUCUUUUUCUGCAGUACGUUGUUUCAAUAAAGUUUCUAGCUCCUCCUUAAACAGACUAAACCUGGUAUCUUUGUUGUACCAAAGGUAUGGCUCCGUUUGUGACUCAAGUACACUGAAUUACUUGUAUGUACAAAGAAAAACUAAGUGUUUUGCUAAUAAGAUCAUCCCCUUCGUUUGUUUAAAAACAUUUCUAAACUUGUUGUCAUUCACAAAAAAAUAAAGCUCAUCAUUCCACAA